AUUGUUUUCGGUAAAUAAAUAGUACAAUAUGGCAGAAGCAGAACAGAAAAAUAUUGAAAUUAACGCUGAUGAAGGAGACGAAACAAUUGUUAAGGAAAGGCAGUCUGAUGAUGACAAUAAAGAACAGAAAGAAUCAGACAUGAGUAGUGAAAUAGAUGUUACAACAAGUGGAGAAUCAUGUGAAUGGCUGGAGUCAGAGGAUGAUGAGUUGAUUGUUAUAGAAACUGGAGAUGGAGCACCAUUGGUUGGAACAAUGGAGACUGCUGAAUCAUAUUAUGUUGUUAAUCCUAAUCAACAUUCUUUCAGUGGACUAUCACCCUCUGAGAUUCAAUUGGAUGAGUCUUUGUUUCAUUCAAUUAAUGAAACUGGUUCUGAGGGGAGAUCAGAAAAUAUUCAACUUCCAGAAACAGUAACAAAACUGGUGACACCAUAUCGUUCAACAGUCUAUAUUGUUGGCACAGCACAUUUUAGUGAAAGUAGUCAAGAGGAUGUUAGAAAGACUAUACAACUACUACAGCCUAAUGUGGUGAUGGUUGAACUAUGCCGGAGUAGGGUAGACAUAUUAAAGUAUGACGAAGAAUUUCUAAUGAAAGAAGUUGCCAAUAUUAAUUUUGAGAAGUUAAGAACAUUAAUAAAACAUGCUGGUGUUGUCUCAGGCAUAAUGCAAAUACUGCUGCUUAGCAUGUCAGCCCACAUAACAAAGCAAUUAGGAAUGGCACCUGGAGGAGAGUUCAGAGCUGCUUAUCAAGAGGCAAAAAAAGUCCCAUUUUGUCAAUUUCGACUUGCUGACCGCCCAAUACAGGUCACAUUAGCAAGGGCAAUGGGUGCCCUUUCUAUAUGGCAAAAGAUAACACUUGCUUGGCAUCUUCUUACUUCUAAAGAGCCAAUAAGUAAAGAAGAUGUUGAACGAUGUAAACAGAAAGACUUACUUGCAGAGAUGUUAGCUGAGAUGACAGGCGAUUUUCCCAAGUUGUAUGAUAUCAUUGUAAAAGAAAGAGAUGCGUAUUUGGCAAGAUCAUUGAGACUUGCCGCCAUUCCUCGUGAGGUUACAGAAGCUGACGGAGGUUUUCACUUUGAACCAACAGUGAUUGUUGGUGUUGUUGGUAUUGGUCAUGUCCCUGGAAUAGUUGAUAAUUGGGAGAAAGAUAUCGAUGUUCAAGAGAUAAUGAGGAUGCCACCAAAAAGUAUGACAUUUGUAUACUUAAAGAAGAUAUUUAAAGCCGCAGUGGGGGUGUUUAUGGCGUGGAGUUGUUACAAAGUGAUACGCUGGACAGGAUGCUUGAACUAUCUUCCUGUCUUACCACUGACGAGAUAAUUUAUUUAUUUUGCAUUGAAGAACAGCUGAUAGCAUACCUAUAUAUAAAAAUGUAUUAUUUAACGUCAAAUAUUCCAAUUAUUGGGUUUUCAUUAAAUGGAAGCAAAAAUAAGACAAAGGUUAUAACUAAUGGACUAACCAAUGCAUACAUAAUAUGGGAUGUAAACUUGGGCCACUAACCACAGUGAUUACAUGUAGUAAUAUAGCAGGGAGAAACUAAGAAAAUGAUAUUUAUAU